AAGAAGGCUGGAUGAGUGACAGCCCAGCCUACUUUUUAAUAGCUUUGUCAUGUGACGGGGACCAGUAGUAAGACAGGUGCCUUCAGUUCACUCUCAGAAAGGGUCUCGUUGCUGCAUGCGUGUGUGCUCCCUGCCCGGCUCUGGAUUGCGCCUCACGAGUGGCACUGCUGCGGUUCGGGAGCUGGAUGGCGUGGGACAUGUGCAACCAGGACUCUGUAUGGAGUGACAUCGAGUGUGCUGCUCUGGUUGGUGAAGACCAGCCUCUCUGCCCAGACCUCCCAGAACUUGACCUCUCCGAACUAGAUGUGAACGACCUGGAUGCAGACAGCUUCCUGGGGGGGCUCAAGUGGUACAGCGACCAGUCUGAGGUCAUCUCCAGCCAGUACAGCAAUGAGCCUGCCAACAUCUUUGAGAAAAUAGAUGAAGAGAAUGAGGCAAACUUGCUAGCAGUUCUCACUGAGACACUGGACAGCAUCCCUGUGGAUGAGGAUGGAUUGCCUUCAUUUGAUGCACUGACAGAUGGAGAUGUGACCAAUGAACAUGACGCCAGCCCUUCCCCGAUGCCCGACGGCACCCCGCCGCCCCAGGAGGCAGAAGAGCCGUCUCUACUCAAGAAGCUCUUGCUGGCUCCAGCCAACACUCAGCUAAAUUACAAUGAAUGCAGUGGUCUCAGCACACAAAACCAUGCAAAUACAAAUCAUAGGAUCAGGACAAGCCCUGUGGUUGUUAAGACUGAGAAUUCGUGGAGCAAUAAAGCGAAGAGCAUUUGUCAACAACAGAAGCCACAAAGACGUCCCUGCUCUGAACUUCUCAAAUAUCUGACUACGAACGAUGACCCUCCUCAGAACAAACCAGCAGAGAACAGGAACAGCAGCAAAGAGAAAUGCACCUCCAAAAGGAAGCCCCAUCUGCAGUCUCAGACAAAUCACCUGCAAGCCAAACCAACAAGUUUAUCACUUCCGUUGACGCCUGAGUCUCCAAAUGAUCCCAAGGGUUCCCCAUUUGAGAACAAGACUAUUGAACAAACCUUAAGUGUGGAACUCUCUGGAACUGCAGGCCUAACUCCACCUACGACCCCUCCUCAUAAAGCCAACCAGGAUAAUCCUUUCAGGACUUCACCUAAGCCGAAGUCAUCAUGCAAGACUGUUGCACCACCUUCAAAAAAGCCCCGUUAUAGUGAGUCUUCCAGUUCUCAAGGAAACAACCCAGUCAAGAAGGGUCCAGAACAGACUGAGCUGUAUGCACAGCUUAGCAAGACUACAGCACUGUCCAGUGGACAUGAGGAGAGAAAGACAAAACGGCCCAGUUUGCGGCUGUUUGGUGACCAUGACUACUGUCAAUCUGUGAAUUCAAAGUCGGAAAUACACAUUAAAAUAUCCCAGGAACUUCAGGACUCCAGACAACUAGAAUUUAAGGAUUCUUCACCUGGGUGGCAGUGUCAGAUUUGUUCUUCUUUAGGACAAGACCAGUAUUUCAAGAAAGAGACUUUACAGACAAGUAAGCAGGGAUCCCAAGGUAAUAACAGAAAACAGCUCCAAGACCAAGAAAUUCGGGCUGAACUUAAUAAGCAUUUUGGUCACCCCAGCCAAGCUGUUUUUGAUGAAGAAGCAGAUAAGACCGGUGAACUAAGGGACAGUGAUUACAGUAAUGAACAAUUUUCCAAACUACCUAUGUUUAUAAAUUCAGGACUAGCAAUGGAUGGUCUCUUUGAUGACAGUGAAGAUGAAAGUGAUAAACUAUGCUACCCUUGGGAUGGGACACAAGCCUAUUCAUUAUUUGACGUAUCGCCUUCUUGCUCUUCUUUUAACUCUCCAUGCAGAGAUUCAGUAUCUCCACCCAAAUCCUUAUUUUCUCAAAGAUCCCAAAGGACACGCUCUAGAUCAAGGUCCUUUCCUCAACGCAGGUCCUGUUCCCGUUCUCCAUAUUCCCGAUCGAGAUCAAGGUCACCCUGCAGUAGAUCCUCUUCAAGAUCUUGCCACUGUUACGAGUCCAGCCACUGUAGACACCAAGCACACCGAAGUUCUCCCUCACGUGCAAGGUCGCGAUCCAGAUCACCGUACAGUCGCAGACCCAGAUAUGACAGCUAUGAGGAAUAUCAGCAUGAAAGGCUGAAGAGGGAAGAAUACCGCAAAGAGUAUGAAAAACGGGAAUCUGAAAGGGCCAAACAAAGGGAGAGACAGAGGCAGAAAGCAAUUGAAGAGCAUCGUGUGAUUUAUGUGGGUAAAAUCAGACCUGACACAACCCGAAAAGAACUGAGGGACCGGUUUGAAGUUUUUGGUGAAAUAGAGGAGUGCGCAGUAAAUUUGCGGGAUGAUGGAGACAGCUAUGGUUUCAUCACCUACCGCUACACUUGUGAUGCCUUUGCUGCUCUUGAAAAUGGAUACACUUUACGCAGGUCAAAUGAACCUGACUUUGAGCUGUACUUUUGUGGACGCAAGCAGUUUUGCAAGUCUAACUAUGCAGACCUAGAUUCAAACUCAGAUGAUUUUGAUCCUGCUUCCACUAAAAGCAAGUAUGACUCCAUGGAUUUUGAUAGUUUACUUAAAGAGGCACAGCGGAGCCUGCGCAGGUAACAUGUAUCACACCCGAGGAAAACGGAGGGAUGGCGAAUACCUCACGGACAUCACGUCCUUCAAUAAUGGACAAUUAAAAGUCAUACUUAGGAAUUUCUCCUACUUUACACUCUCUGUUCAAAACCAUGGUUUACAUGAACACAGCUGCUCGAGGAGGGAGGAGGCAGAAUGGCUUUCCAGCAAGCACACGCGUGUCCAUGGGUGUCAGCUUUGCUUUCGCGGGUGACUGGUGGCGGGGCAGCCUGCGGUCCUCUCGCGACCGAGGGCAAACCACAUAUCAUGGCAGCAGUUCCACAGAGAUACACUUACAACGUAGAACUUCAAAAUGUGUACAUAGUGCAUUUUAACAAAACGAGAACAAAAGCAAAGCGGAAAAAGAACAAAUUUGCGAACUAUGGCUGCUGAUGUCUGGGAAUCAGACACUGCAUUUUUUUUUAAAUGAAGCUUCUUCUCACAACAGAGUGAUAAAUGACAAUCCAGAAGAAAACGCAGGUCCCACAAGCCUGCAAUGUGUUUUAGUUUGAAGAUCUUUCUUUUUUUUUUCUUGUUUUUUUUUUUUU